UGUGACCGCACACAGGAAGAAAACUAAAAUGGCGGUGUGCAUAGCAGUAAUAGCGAAAGAGAACUACCCGCUGUAUAUCCGCAGCGUUUCCACACAGAAUGAGCUCAAAUUUCACUACACAGUACACACCUCCCUGGAUGUGGUGGAGGAGAAGAUCUCUGCUGUGGGGAAGUCACUGGGGGACCAGAGAGAGCUCUACUUGGGUCUACUAUACCCCACUGAAGAUUAUAAAGUUUAUGGGUAUGUAACAAACUCAAAGGUAAAAUUUGUCAUUGUUGUGGACUCUUCGAACACCUCAUUACGGGACAAUGAAAUAAGAAGUGUAAGUGAAAUGACUUCUGAACGUGUCAAUGUCCACAUUCUUCAGGGCAGUGACAUUUUUCAUAUUUUGUCUACAGAUGUUCCGAAAAUUGCACAACUCCUUCACCGAUGUAAUGUGCAACCCAUUCCACACUCCAGGGAACUCUAUUCAGUCCAAGGCAUUCAAUGAAAUUGUCUCUGGAAUGAUGGCUCAAAGUGGAUGAUGCCCUCUCUCGGCCCCAUGUACUCUUAAUUUGCAUCCUUUCAUUGC